AUGGGCUGGACGAGCGCGCAGACGUCCCCUGAGUUUGGUAACGGGUACAUGACUUUGCGGGAUUCGCCUAGCGACCAAUUGCUCGCAGUACUCUUCGACGUCCGCAGCGUGACGCGGCACCCCAAAACAGGAGCACUAACCUCGCAGCAGUACGGGUGGACGUUCCUCCCGGUGCUCGCUCAUUCGCGCUUCGUAAAUGCGUGCACCAUCCAGCUCCCGCUUUUCCAGGGUGAAGUCAAUCUGGGCGUCUUGAAGUCAGCAAUUGGUGGACUGAGCACUUUGGUGGACGAUAUCGGCAAUGAAAAGGUGAAGCAGUUGGUACCUGUGGCCGAGGACGGUGCAUCGCUCUUUGUGCGAAUCCAAGACCCUCAGGUGCCUCACUUGUCCUCGCAGCCGAUCGUCAAUGCGAGUCUGUCCAAGAUGGUUCCAUCUCGAUUAAGCGCAAAGUAUGUCUACGACAGCACCAAAAUCGCGGCGUCGAAGAAGAAGACCCCAGUGAGCAAGCUGCUGCCCACGAACACACCUGAAACCCAAUUCGAGAAGGAGAUGAACCAGGCCUUCGCCCAGUUGAGAGAGGAUGGAUCGUGCCGACCUCAGCAGCACAGCAGCAGCGCUAAGAAGAAGAGCAGGAAGUCCAAGCCUCGCUUCCGUCUGCCCCGCCUUCGCCUCCGCCCCAAGAAGACGCCGCUGCAGCUCGAGGACUUUGACGACGUGCGCUACAAGAUGGAGAUCGUGCGACUGGGGGACGACGCCAGCGACUCGAUCGACGAGCGCGUGCCGGUUCUGGAGUCGGUUUUCCUCGCCUUCCUGUGCCUCCUGCUGCUCGGGGGCUGCGUGGCCGUGGGCUUCGCGACGCACUUGAUCGAGUACUCGCGCGAGGUGCUGAGUUGGCUGCUGCCGAUGCUGCUGCUGCCGCUCGCGUGGGUGGUCGCGCUCGUUGUUUGGGAGCGCCGCGCUAUCGCCAUGCAGAGCAAGAUCGCGACGCAGUAG